AUGACACAAGAGCAAUGUGUACAUUUUGGUAAAAAGGAAUUUCUUGCAAAAAUAAGUGAUAUUCAAAGACAUUAUGAAUCGGCAAAUCAUAAAAAACAAGCAAAACCUUUCCUUGACAAUAAACAAACAUUGAUUACGUCCGUGGUUCAAAAACCCGUCGAAAAAACCUGCUUGGAAGCUGAAGGAGCUCUUGCAAUGUACGUUGCCGAACAUUCGUCUAUACAAGCAAUCGAUCACCUGACAGAGUUAUGUAAAAACAAAUUUUCUGAUUCUAAAGCUACUUCAGAAAUAAAAAUGCACCGCACGAAAUGCACCGCUGUGAUUCAAGAAGUUUUGGCACCUCAUUUUAAAAAAAAUCUCAGGACAGAUAUCAGCAAUAAUUCAUACAGUUUAAUUAUUGACGAAUCAACUGAUGUCUCUGUUAAUAAAUAUCUUGGUGUUGUCAUUAAAUAUUUCAGCAAUACACGCAAUGAAAUAGUUUCCACAUUUUUGGGGCUGGUAGGAUUGGAAUCGGCAGAUGCCGAGGGGAUAGUAACUGCAAUCACAGCAAUACUCGAAGACUUUAACCUAGAGAACCUUUAA